AUGUGGAUCAUCAACUGGUUCUACGACGUCCUCUCCUCCUUGGGGCUGCUGAACAAGCACGCAAAGCUGCUGUUCUUGGGGCUUGAUAACGCUGGAAAGACGACGCUGCUGCAUAUGCUCAAGAAUGACCGAGUCGCCAUACUUCAGCCUACGCUUCACCCUACAUCUGAGGAGCUCGCCAUCGGCAACGUUCGGUUCACCACAUUCGAUCUGGGAGGUCACCAGCAGGCCCGCCGUAUCUGGAGAGAUUACUUCCCCGAGGUCAACGGCGUUGUCUUCCUCAUUGACGCCAAGGACCACGAGCGGUUCGCCGAGGCCAAGGCCGAGCUUGAUGCUCUUUUGGCCAUGGAAGAGCUGUCCAAGGUCCCCUUUGUCAUCCUCGGCAACAAGAUUGAUCACCCGGAUGCUGUGUCCGAGGACCAGCUCCGGCACGAGCUAGGCAUGUAUCAGACCACCGGCAAGGGCAAGAUUCCCCUGGAGGGCAUUCGGCCCAUUGAGGUCUUUAUGUGCUCUGUUGUCAUGCGCCAGGGAUAUGGGGAGGGCAUAAGAUGGCUCUCGCAGUACGUGUGA